AAUGGUUGCGGGUGCGAGAAGUGAAUGCAGAAACAAAAUACCAUUCCACGUCGUUGAUCCAAAUUUCGGUCAGCCGUGUCGGCGCGAUACGGCGAGCAGCGUUUCCCGCGGGAGGACAUCGAAAGGUCAACGGUGCACGAUCUGGUGUACAGAUAUCUGGGCAAGUGCGCCGUCACGGACAUGAAGUCGAGGCACCGAAACUGCGCGUGUAACAAAUUCAACAGGCAACACGCGAGAAGGAAAGACAUCCACGGGCGCGACGUGGCGGCAAUUCGCGCGAGUCUCGAGGAGGAGGUCGGCGGUGACGAUUGCGAGCGGUCGCGAUCACGCGCGGGUAAAGGUCGGCCUUCUGAGCGCGCGUCUAGGAGCUCGUCGAGGGAAGGCGUCGCUGAUUACGCGAAAGCCGUUCGCGAUGGACGAAAACGCGCGAAAUUCUACGUGCGGGAAGCGCUUUCGUACGGUCUGCAAUCCGGAUUGUUAAUCCCGACCGAUCGACGAGGAAGCGUCCUGCGCAUCUCGCGACAGCUGGGAGCCAUUCCUGUCGAGAAAUGCUAGAGAGGAUCGGUCAAGUAUACUGAGGGUUCUGCGCGAGAUCAACAGAUUUGAUAAAUUUAAUCGUUGAAGGCACGACGCAAUACGGAAUUGUAACAUUUGUAAUGAUAAUUUUGUAGUCCCACGCUAAAUCAUUUGUUAAAUAUUAACAAUCAUAAUAUUAAUUUAAAAUGAUAAAGCCGACGAUAAAAAAAAGAUACUAUAUUUUCAUUUAUAUCAAUUUUAAUUCCAAAGUACGUCAUUUACUGCGUACCGCACUUAUUGUUAACUCGUAAAUGGCAUUUAACGAAUUUAACUGUUACUAAGACGACAACAGACAAUUCUCGUAUUGGACAAAAAAUGUACAGUGUUUAUUUCAAAUUUAAUAUCUCUUAAGAUUUGGAACAACAAAAUCUUGGAGUUAUCUAUUCUAUUUCGAAUUAACUAUACUUCCACGCCGUAUGGAAGUUAAUUGUCAAGCCGAGGGAAAUAAUAACCGGGCUCAUUUUCUCAAACUUUGAAAAAUGUGUUUGCCCAGUCCUGAACUUCCGACUCGCGUUAUCGCCCCCUCCGUCGCUCGCACUCCU